AUGGUUGGACUUCAUGUGUUUUGUGACGCAUCGGAAGUAGCAGUUGCCGCCGUAGCCUACUUGGUCAGUAAAGAGGGUGAACAGAGACACACAGGUUUUGUCUUUGGUAAGUCGAGGUUAUCGCCGAAAGCGGGACACACAAUCCCUAGACUGGAGCUGUGUGCAGCCGUAUUGGCUAUAGAGAUAGCAAAAGUAAUCUGUGCUGAAGUCGAUAUACCUUCUCAGGAGGUGACCUAUCAUUCGGACAGCAAGGUAGUCUUAGGAUACCUAAACAACACAACUAGGCGUUUUCAUACAUACGUAGCAAACAGGGUGUUUAAAAUCUUGCAAUUUUUUAUCCCCAUCAAUGGAAGUACGUUCAUACAAGCAAAAACCCUGCGGACCAUGGGACACGCCAGGUAG